AUGCUUGAGGUUGGUUUUUAUUUGCUGCUUUUGACACAUUUCCUUAUUCAUUCAUUGGAGAAACAAUUUCUAAUUUUGUUCUUGUGUUUUGUUUCCUACUUUAUUACUUUUGGGGAUCUGCAGAAAACAUUUCGAAAAAUAUGAAAAUAAUUUCAGGCUAUUCAUUAUGAAGAUGUAAAUCUUGUUGAAAGACUUCUUGCUGCCCACAGUUCCAAACAACCAAUGUCAACAUCUCCAUCAAUUGGUGAGUUUUCUGGGGAAUUUUUUGGAUCAGGAAAAUGUGAACUAGAGGCUUCUUGGUGAAGUUUUAUUCGAGAUAUUUUUAACAUCAUGCAAUAUUCUAAUUGAACUUUUCAAGAUUGAUUUUUUCAAAAAAUUCGAAUAAAUUGUUUCACAGAAAGGUUAAAAAGUGAAGCUAUUCGUUUAAAAAUACGUCACUAAACUUCCAAUUUUUUAAUUGUUCCAAACUAUCAAAUAGCGAACUCCAAAAACAGAACUUGCACAAAGUCAAAAAAUCAAGUGCUACUUCUGUUCACCAAUUACCCGCCUACAAACCUGACAAAAUUCCUACGUCAUUCUUAAAAUUUGAUACAUUUCUCCAAAAACUUGCUCAUCAAAUUUCGACAAAAUCCUCCUCUCUUUUUUCUUGAACGAAGUUCAAGCAAAAAAGGAAGUAUUUCAUUAAAAAGUCUUUUUUCUUCUAGCGUUCCUCUUUUUUUCUAUUUUCUCAAAGAAAAACCACAUUUUUGUUUGAAGGCAGCACUAACACAUUAACCGAUUUGGCUCAACGUCGGCAUGGCGCUGGAACUCAUCGUAGAUCAAAUGCAAGUAGUACGGUAUCAACACAUUCGGGUGGUCGAUCAACAUGUGCUAUGAUGAAUACAUUGCAUAUGGCUGUGGCUCAUAAGCAAAAAGAUAUUGUGGAAUUAUUAUUGAAAAAUGGAUAUGAUCCAAAUGCUCCAGCCAGUUGUCAUUGUAAAGGAAAUUGCACAGCCACCGGAAAUAUUCCACUAACUUCAAUAAUCCCCAGGUAAUACUUUUUUUUUGAGAAACUACACAUUUUCAUUUUUUCUUGAACUUAAGUUUUUAAAUCUAGAAUUAUUUAUGAGUUGAGUUGACGAACCAAAUCCAAAGCCAAGUUUUUUUUUCAGAACACAUUCAAUGACUCCGGAAUUAUGCUCAACUUGCUCGCAACUUCGAGUUGUUUCGAUUGUUGAUCAAACGCCGUUAGGUGUUGCUGUUAGAUCUCAGUCAAGCGAAUUGAUUGCGUUGUUGAUUGCGUAUGGUGGAGAUGUAAAUUUAGGUUUGUAGUGAGAUGAAGUUGGAGAAGUAAAGAAGAACUGGUUUUGGAACAAGAUAAUGGAAAAUUCCAACCAGUUCCUUUUCCACCCAAACUCGAAAUGUUCUUUCCCAAUAAUCAUCAAAAAAAAAAAGAAGAAAAUGAUAAAAUGAUAACAAUGAAUAAUUAAUUAACAGGUGAUGAAGAUGGAAACACGCCUCUAAUGUUGGCCGUACGAGAAUCGCCACUCUCUUGGCCUUGCCUCCACACUCUUAUUUUCUUCGGAGCUCAGUAUGUCAAGCAUUUUUGAUAUGUUGUUUACGGGGGUGGCGAGGAAAGACCUUUUCAUAAAUAAUCGUUUAGUUUAGAUUUACUAAUAUUUAUGUGUGUAGUUUAGUUUUAUGUAUCCGGUGAAAUGGGGUUUUCUAGAAAUAGGUCGUUUUUAGAAAAAUGUGAUAUAGCGAUCUUAGUUUUUCUGGUAAAUCUCAAUUCCCCUGAAAUCUGACAUUUUGAUUCUGAUUUGUUUUUGAAGACGUCAACGUUUUGGAAGUUGAAAGUAUCCAGGGAAUUUUACGUAGAAAGUGCAGAAGCAGAACAUAUAAAAUUCACAGGUAUACUAGGAAUUAAAAAAAAUUAGAUGAAUUUCUUUUUUGCCGCUACUGUAUGUAUGUUGGAUCCAAAAUUUUUUUCAGAUUCAGAAAAUUUUCGAGUUCUAACUUUUUAAUAUUAUGACAUGGAAAACGUUUGAAAUCUUACGAUUUUCCGAUUUGUUUUGAGAUUUUUUAAAAUAUGAAUAUUCAUUCAACCGAUAAGUUUGAGAAAUACUGUUGUUAUCUUCUAUCCCGCCACCUAACAAGAAACACAUCUUACUUUCUCAUCAUUCCUGUUUUUUUAGAAUUGAGCAGAAAAACAUGCGCGGAAUCUGUCCACUUGAUCUUGCACCAGAGCUUAAAAAGCUGCAACAAACUUGUGUAGAAGAAUUGUUCAAGAAUGCGUGUAGUGGUGAAAGUGAACCACCAUCUCGAAGUACACCCGGUCCAAGUGCCAAAAAUUGGAACAGAUUACAAGUGGAUAAUGGUGAGUUUUUCUCUUUUCUUGUUAUUUUUGCAUGACUUUAUUACUGAUUUGAUACAAUCCAGAGACUACAAAAAAUGUUCUACUUUAUAUAUUUUUCUUUUUUUUUUCUUGGUUUUUUUGGAUUCAAAAAAAAAUCGCUUGUUUUUGUUAGUAUUUGAUUGAUUUUGUGUUUAUUUAGUUUCGCAAGGAGAAAGAUCAUUAUCAAAAACACCAUUGAGUCCAAAAACCAUCGGCUGCUGCAAGUGUCUCAACAUGUUCUAUGCUCGAAACUUCAUCAGCAAAAGAAUCGGCUCGUAGAAAAUCGUUGGUUUCACUUCAACUUCAUCGGAAAUCAAAAAAUAUUAAAGAAUGUGAGCUUUUAUUUUAGUUUUGUUGAGUUUGGCUGAGGCUUUUUGUUGGGUGAUGGCUGAUAUUGAUUUGAUUUGCUUUUGAUUUUUGUUUGCAAUAUUGAUUUUUUGUUAGGUUCGGGACCUCUGGGUAGAAUUUUUUCUGAAAAAAAUCAGAAGGUUUCGGUUUUUAUUUUUUAUCAAAUUGGUUGGAAAUUUUCUUUAAAAAAUUGAAUGAAAUGGAAAACUAAAAACAUUAUCCAACAUUUUUUUUAUAAAUUUGAAUUUGAACUUAUCAGUACAGUGAACUUUGCUUUGAAAACUUUUUGAUUUGUUUUCUGCCAUUUUUCAACCAGAGAACCCUCACAUCAGUUUUCGAAAACCCAAUUUCAAAAUUCCUGAAGUUGCCCAAUUUCUUCAUACUGAAUCACCUACCCUCCAUAAAAUCUCAAAAUUAAAAAUAAAACUAAUGAAAGAAUUUUGCACUUUUAAAUUCAACAAACCAAAUACACCCUCAACUUUUUUUCUCAAACCAAAUCCAUGUUUUGUCACAUCUAAUUCUUCUUCUUUCAUCUUCAUUAAAAAACACAUUGAUGUGUGAGAAAAAAAAUUUGGAAGAUUAGUCGAGUCUGCCUAAAAAGCAACAUUUAUGAAGUGGAAAACUGAUGCGGAAUUUGCAGAUCCUGUAAUUGACUGCGUGAGCUGGGAACAAGCGUGGGAGCUGCUCAAGAAAAUGGCGUGCAAUCCGGAAUGUCUCGAUAACAUUGUGGUGAGUUUUGUUUAACAAUUGGGGUUUUUUCAAAAGAUGUAUAGCUAUUUUCAAUUAAUGAAAAUGAGUUGUUACAGAAUUCUCUAGCUAAAUUUGGAACUCAAAUGGAAAAUACACCAUCAUCAGUAGAUCGAGAUCAAUUUGAUGCACACAUGGGAGGUCUUCUUCAUAAAAUGAUUCAUGUAAGUUUUCAGACUCAUCUUUUUGAAAAUAAUGAUUUACUUGUUUCAACCUUACCACUAUAUUUUUCAGACUGCAAUUGAAGAAUAUGAAUCAUCUACACCUACAUACAAAAAACAAAAGAAACUCCAUCUAACUUGGUUGCUAAGUCAAAUUGCAUCAUUUUGCUUCACAUUUCUUCAGAAAACUGGAACUUGUCGACAAUUUUCAGCGUUGAAUACAUUGAACAAAAUUAUUGACGCGGGUCUUGUACACGAUCUUUUUGCAUUUAACGAUGUGAUUUUUCAUUCUUCGAGAAUUUUGAAUCGAUCACACGCUUUUGAUUCCGAUGAACCACCGACUCCGUGUAUGUUUUUUUGUUUUUUUUUUUGAGAGUAGAAAGCUUGGAAGAAAUGAAAUUCUUUUUUCAGCGGGCGAGUCAUUCAACUCAAAUGCCGAUCAAAGUUCAACGGUUGAUCAUGUUUUUAUUUACGGUGCUGGCUACAAGUAAGAUUAUUGGGAGAGUACAUAGAAGGAUAUGUUUGCCUUAUUAAACUAUUUUUAUCCAGAAGUUGCAAAAAAAUUAACUUUUUUCUACUACAAAAAAAUUGGCUUGAUUUGCAAAAACAAUUCUCAAUGAAUCAUGCACUUUUUCAAAGUGUAGUCUCGAUUUAUUUCAGUUUCUCUAUAUUUAGGUUUUGAGUUAGAGUUAGAGCUAAUACUUGUGAACUAAAAUAUGUUAGCGUUGAUAAUAGUAUUACAGGGUGCGCGCGAAAUAUGUGUGCAUGAACUUUUGGCCAUAAUAAAGCCAGAACGUGCCUGAUCACGCUGAGAUUUGGUCUCAAGAUAGCCAAACUAAUCAUAAUACAAAAUCCAAAGCCGAUUUUGUAUACCUAGACCAAGUCACAUAAUUUCCUUUGGGGUAUGGUUUUAGAAUGAGUGUGGUAUGAACGCGGCUAUUUUCAAGUUCACAAGACUGUUUCAAAGUCUAAAUUUUCACGAUUAAUUGAAGUGAUCAGCAAAAAACCUUUAUUUUACCUUCCCUGAUAGUGUUCAUAACAGAAAUCUAUAUCUGGUUCCACAAAACUCUCUGAAAAUGGUGUUUAGUGCAACCUACAAAAGUGAAGUUUUCAAAAAAAAAUUUCCCAAAAAGAGACAAAAAUCAAUUAUUGUCGAAAGUAAUGUUUGUAUAACCAAUAUUUCUAUCAAACUGCAGUAAUAUGAACAUAUUAUCAUAAUUCAGUCAUAAUCACGAUGAAUUAUUGACUUUUAAGUGCUCUAGAGCUUGUUUCUCAGAUUGAAUUCAGAUUUCGCCGAUUCCUCGAGUGGAAUUUUGUUGUAGGCCUGCUCGUUCUUAAAACGGUAUAAUGAACUCUAUGAAUUUAAAUAAAGUAAGCCAAUUAUGUCUAAAGACAUCAUACAAAAUCAUAUUUAAAUAACUUUUACGAAACUCGAGUUCUAAAUGGUCAAAAUCAUUAUCCGAAAAAUAGGAAGAGUCGAGUUCAGAUUUUCUCAUUUUCACAAUUUCUCUUCUGACUUCAUACAAACCGGAUUAUAUUUUAAGUGAAGAGAUUGACUUGAAUUCUUGUAAAUGGUGUUUCUCGGAUACUUGUGACUAGUUUUGAACAAUCCAUACUCAAAUUUACUACGUGUGCCAAUAUUACUAACACUGUAUGUGAAAUUUUCGCAUGCACACAUAUUUCGCGCGCACCCUGUACUGUACUGGAAUUGUUCAAAAAAUUAAUGUUAUUACCUGUACCUGUAUUGAAAUUUAUCCCAAACUCAUUUUUGCGUACUGUUAUUUUCACUACAGUUUCCGAAUACUUUCUCAUCCUCAAUUUUUACAGAGAUCAAUCACUUUUGCCAUCACCAACAAUUGCUCCAACACGUCAUAAAUCUGAUUUGAUGAAUUCAUUCAGCGAAAUGGAUCCAAGUUUAGUCAUAGUAGCACUUCAUAAUGCCAUAACAAUGCAAAAUCGUGAAGCGGGUUCUCGUUCAGUUUGUAGUCCAGCGCAUCGUUGGCGUCAAUGUUGUGCACAUUGCACACAAAUUCUUGUCGCUCGUCUUUUAUUAUUCCUUACUCAUGUUAAACGUUUUCGUUCAAGAUUAUCUGAUAGACAUCAACUUCGAUCGCUAGUCGCAUUAUUCGAGCCAACAUUAGAGCCACAAUUGUUAUGUUUAUUACUUCAAACUUUAGGAUUGAUUGCUUUGGAUCCAGCUACACAUUCUACAUUGAUUGAUAUUCAAAUUGAUGAUGUUUUGAUACAAAUGUUAUUACCGGCAGAUGAUUGGUAUUAUACAAAUCAUAGUACAAAAUAUGGAACUUUUGUGAAAUAUCAUGCAGCAAGAGUUUUGGUUUAUGUUGGGAUGGGGGAUCGUGUUGGAAGUCGUGUCAAUGUUUUCAGUUCUUUAGGUAAGUUAGAAAAACUGAAUUUUGGGUAUUGUGAACACAGUUGUGAACGUCACAGAAAUUUCUGAAAAUAAUGUAACAUCAAACAAUUUUUAAACUAAACUACAAAUCAAAAAAAAUGCAACUAACUAGGUCAAACUAAAGUAUAUUUUCACCCUUAUCCAUACUUUGAACAAAAAUAACUGUUUUCUCUCUUUCUCUAGCACUCUCUUUUUCUCUCUUUCUCUCGUUAUAAUACUCUCUUUCUAUUACAUGUCUUGCGGCAAACACGUCCAUUCAAAAAAAAAUACAAAUGUUCCUUUCAUUUUUUCGCGUUGUUACUGAAUUUAGAAAAUUUUCGUUAAUUUUUGUAGCUGUUUCUAUUGAAAACCUGACUUUAAUGCCGUUUAUUCAACAAACAAAUAUUUUCCAGCCUUUGAACCAUCUCAAUCAAACAAAUCUGGCGCUCAUCAAAACGAAGACGAAUACAUCUGUGAAACAUGUGCCACUCCCAGAAGUAUGAGCACAUUUUCAAGAUCAGCUGUUUCCGUUGAAGGAAUUUUGCUCAAAGUCCUCGCUGAAGUUGCAGAACUCGUCAAACAAAGUCAACAUCUCUCUGCAAAAGAACCAAUCACAGAAGAAUCUCCUAGCGCUGGCUCACCACCAGCAGUUCUUCCAGAUGAGCAAAAGAAUGCUGAAAAGAACAAGGAGUUGAGCCAAUUGGGAUGUCAAAUCUUGCUCUCCCUUGAGCAACUCGAAGCACAUCUAUGUAAACUAGGAUUGGUCCUAGAUUCUGUCCUACUACUUCGAUUACUUCUCCACAAAUUAUCAUGGGAUUUGGGACUGGUUACAAAAAAGCGAGUAGCCGUGGUUGACCAUAAUUACAAAUCGAUACAUGAUCCAAGAGCUCAUUCAAGCUGUAGUCUUGGAAAUAAUCGUAAUUUUGGAAAAUCUAAAUCAUUUGAUAGGAGAGAGGAUAGUAAACGAGAUAAAAAUUAUUUGCGUGUCGAUCAAGGAUCAAGAGCUUCAAAGCGGGUACAUAUUCGAAGAUCAAGUUCGGUUGAGAUUAUUCGACCAAAACGAUUGAGCAGCGGCGCUAAAGAUAUCAAAAAUCGAGAAAGAAGGAAAAGGUUAGUAGAAUCUUUAAUAGAUAAUGAUUCGUUUUUCAUUAAAUAUACAUUUUUUCAGACUUGGAACUGAUACGAGUAGUGGAUCAAAUCGCUCCAAGAAAACCAAUUCAUCAUCAUCAUCCGUUCAAAAACAUUUGCCAAAAUAUAUCCAAUCAUUAUUCCGGAGUCGUAUGGGAACUGAUCCAUGCAAACGAACAUCGAGAAGUGAAUCCACGUUACCGCACAGUGAUUUUUUGUCGUGAAAAAUUUACAAUUUUUGAAUCCUUUCCUUAAAUUUAGCAUGCAUUUUUUAUUUGUCUUUUGGUUUGUUUCAAAAUUUAUGUGUUUGUUAUGCGCUUGCUCUCAUCUACCCCCAAAUUUUAAAUACACUAAAGCAGGGUUGAUUGGAAUUUGAGUUUGAGUUUUCUGAAAGUAUGUUUUAUUGAGAAAUUUGGAAUUUUGAUUCUGAUUUGAUUAGGGGGAAAUAUUUAACACAAAAAUAACAGAUUUGGGAGAUAUUGCUGGAUUCUCUGGAAUCGGAAAAUAUGAAUUCAAACUUUUUUUUGUAAUUAAUCUGAUUGUUUUUUAAUGAGUUUCACAUGUUAGCACAAUAUACAGCACGUUAUUUCUCACUAAAAAUCCGAAUUCCUCACCUUCUAAUUCCAAUCAUCUCUGUCCCGAUUUGUCUUCCAAAACAAUUUUUUUCUUCAGGAGAUUCAAAUGAAAGCAACACCAGUGGUUCAGAUGCUGUGCUUGAAUUCACAAGAAAAUUGCAAAACUACCCGCUGACACGACGAGAAGCUCAAAAGUAAGUAGCAUCGCAAACAUCGCAAAACACCUAUGUAUAUAAAACACAUUACAGAAAUAUUUUCAGAGCUGGUCCUCGGCGAAUGGGAUAUGUAUAUCUGCCAGAUUUGGAAAUACAUGUCUCAAGUCCGCCGAGAUCACCGGGUCCACUCACAGCUAAAUCCGAAGAUGGAACUGCAUUACUUCUUGAUGGUAGGCGACCAAGUAGCCCGCAAGCGAUUCCUGGAUUACCACAAAUUGAAAUUCGUCGUCCAUCUGCGCUUUCACAAUUUGAAUUCGGAUAUUUUGUGAAUUCACCAGAUAUGAGUGGAAGUGAAGUUUCGGAUUGUGCACCACUUUUGCUCAGCGGUCAAGUUAGUGGAAGUCGGAAGAGUUCAGAUGGUAGGUUUUUAUGAUUUUUUAUAGUUUGCAACAAAAAAGGCGAGAUUCCCAAUCCCUUCUUCAUAAAUUUCACAUAAAUUUACCGAAUUUUCAGACAUAUUUUCAGAAACAAGUUUGGGUGGUUGGUCAAGUCGAGCAUCAUCAGCAAUGAGUCAACGAUCAUCGAGAUCCAGUGUUGGAUUGAGAUUAUCAACAUUUUCUGGUGGAACAAGUAUUGCUUCUGACACAUCUGGCCCAUUCUUGUUUAGUUUUGUUCUGCGGAAAAGAGCAUCAACAAUUGGAACAAGGAUACCAAUCCCAAGAAGAGCACUAUCUCGAUCUUCUGGUGAUAGUUUGCGAGUUCCCGAUAGAGAAUCUCCAUUACAUCUUGUUAGUAUGACAGAAAUGAAUCCAGAUUUUCAAUGUGUUCGGCAACUCAUUCUCAAUCUUCUCAAUGUUUACAACAAAAGGUUUGGUUUUCUGAAUAGUUUUGCUCGAAUGAAAUCUUAAAUUUCCAGAUUAACCUAUCGAAAUGAUAAUUUGGUAUCAUCUAUGAAAGAAUGUGCUGAUGUUUUGCGACAAGUUCUUAACUCACCUCAACAUCCGACGGUCAAAAAUUGGUGCGCUGAAAUAAUUCAUGUUGUAACUUCACAUAUUGACGAGGAAGAAGCACCGAUCAGUGAAAAUAUUGAUUAUAUCAACGAUGAAUAUAUGGAGGUUAGUAAAAAAAGAAUAUUGUAAUUAAAAAUUAUUUAUUGGAUUAAUACAUCGCAAAUUAGACAACUCUUUAGUUAAUUCAUCAAUAUCAUGAAAAUUCUGACUAGAAAACUUAACAAUUCUAAUCGAGUAAUUUUUCUCUGGAAAUAACAAGAAUUUGAGAGUGUUUCUUGAGAUAUUCUUCAUUUUUGCCAAAUAGUCAUCAUACACACUUGAUUUUCUGCGACAAUCAUAUUUAUUUCGAUAAUGCCCAGAUAUUGAGUGUGUUCCAAACCAUUUUCUAAGCGAACUUUUCCGGCGAAACACUUCAACAAUUUGAUCCAUCGUCUGCAUUCUUGACAUUGAUUUAGAUCUCUGAACUUUUUCUUUGGGUUGCGGUUCGGAAGGACCUUGGCCAAAUAGACCAAUUGUAGAAGAUCGGCGAGUAUCAAUUUUUACUUGAAGAGAAGGGUUACCUGAAAACCCAAAUUUACAUUGUGAUGACAUAAAUCAUAAAAAAAAGAAGAAGAACUUACCCGCUGAAUAAUUCUCAAUAAAUUCUGAAAUAUGGGGGACACUCCCAUCGGUCGGAACAACAACUUUAAUAAUUGGUAGUCCCCCAUCAUCAUUUUCUUCCUCUUCCUCUUCUUCCUCAAUAAUGUCUACAACGUCCUCAACUGCAUUAUCCUUUUGUUUUUCUUCUUCUGAAAGUUCAGCGAUUGGCGGACAAUGUACUUUUGAUUUUGAGGAAUUCAGGAAUGAUGAUGGGAACAAAGAUCCAAUUGUUGCUCGGCGAGCAAAACCGGCUAACGCAUGACCACGUUGCAAAGUUGUUGAGAGCCGUUUUUUGGAUGAUGACAUAAUUUCUGAAAUUGGAAAUUUGAUACAAAUUCGUAAGAGUAAUUAAUCUAUUCUGUUAAGUGAACUGAGCGGAGUGGUUAGAGGUGUUUUUCAGAGUUAAUAUGUUUUUUAGAUUUAGAUUCUUUAUUUGAACAAAAAUAAAAUUCAUAAUCAUAAAAAAUUCACAACACUGUAAAUUUUGAGAGAAAUGUAUUAACAAUAAAAUCAAAAUGGAUGAAGAAAAUAAUUUAUCAAACGAAUGAAUCACGCGAAUUCAAUCAAAACAUGCGUUUCUAAAAAAAAUAACAAAAUUCAAAAAAUUUGUCAUAAACAAAUCAAAAUUUUAAUGUGAAAAAAUAAUGAUUGUUUUAUCUCAUAACAUCAGACAUACACAUUAAUAUUGUAAUGUUUUGCAGUUUCAAGACCAAGUGAUUACUGGGUCUCUACCAUGCCCGAAAGAAGAGGCAGCUUAUCUUGCAAGUAUCCAAUUAUGUGUUGAGGAGCAAUGGCCAAGCAAUAAAAGACAUCCAAAUCGUAGGCCAACUGCAAUACCGGUCGCAGUUUUCACAGGAAGAAUCCGAGAUUUGGCACAGAAGAUAAUGGUUACACCAUGGGAAAUUGAACAAGCAAUUGUAUAUUCAUCACAAAGAGGAAUGAAUGAAUCACAAACUGCAAGUCGAACUCAAUCGGUUGUGGAAGAAACUCAACAUCGAAAUCGAACUCCUACUUUGUUGAGAUGUAUUACAAAUACAGAAGGAUUGAUGUCAGAAGAGGUUUGUUUCAGAGUUUUUAACGUAUCUUGUGAAACUACAAAAAUAUAUCAAAAAUGACUCUUACAAUUCCAACAUAACCCUGAAUAAUUAAUUUUUUCGAAAUAGUCAAGCUCAUGUUGAGAAAUUUGUUUUUAUUAUAUUUUACUUUCAUGGAAACAUCAAAAUCAAAAUUAUUCUUGUUAUUUUCAGAUGCAAGCUCAAUGUCUACCCUCUGAUUAUCGAGGAGAUAGAAGAACAAUCAAAUUGGUCAAAGAACGAAAACGAAAACUUUUCCAUAGUCAAGUUUAUGAGAGUGAAAUUGGAAUGAAAAAGUUAUACGUGCAGGUGAGAUAAUGAAUUCUAAUCAGGGGGGGGGGCAUUUUAGGUUGAAUCCUUCUAAUAUUUUUAACAGUUCCAUAAACUCAAAAAAACAAAAAAAGAAUAGAAAAAUGACUGAUCAUUUGAUUUUGACCUCUAAAAAUCACAAAAAACACUGAAAAAUGUCCAAAGAAAAAAUAAACGCCGUCAUUUAUUUUGAAUUAAUCAUUGUUGAAAUUCUCUUCCACUCGCUCUUCUCCCAUUUUCCCAAAAAAAAUUCCAAAAACUGAUAUGACACCAAUAAUUAUUAAAAACUACUGUAGGUUUUCGAAACAUGUUAUCAUCAUUAUCUGGUUACUGUACUUAGAAACUGGUGUGUAAUUAUGAACAAAUUUGUUUAAAAAAAGAAGUUGUUCUCGAAAAUAUCUCAUAUAAUUGUAGAUUUCAUUUAAGAUUUCCUUAUUCAUAAUUUUUAUACAUGUAGGCGUAUGAAAUCAAAUAUAUACUUUUUUAUGUACAAGUAUUCUUAUUUGAACUUUUCUUGCAGUAUUUGCAAAUAAUAAAAACGACCCUGUUUAUUUCCAUGAUUUGUCAGACAAGAGUAUUGACAUUUGUGAUAAGUAAUAUUGAUUUCAGACUGUCAAAAAAUUGGCCGCAUUUGGUUGCAAAGUUUUUCAAGUCAAAGAACUUCUACACGGCAGAACAUUGAGAAAAGUGAGUUUUGCAAUUAUUUUAAUAUUGAAUCAAUUUUUUGAAAAUGAAAAUGAAUUUGAAUCAGAAUUUCGAAAAAAUCAAAAAACAAAAACACUUGGAAAACUUGUAUUUUCUUUCCUCAGAGUAAAGUUUUUUAAUCGCCAUUCUGUUUUUUUAAUUUUCUGUAGCAAAAUUUCGCAAGAAAAUAAAAACAAACAAAUUCAUUGACUAGCAUAAGCGUAAAUUUAAUAUUUACACGAACUCUCGAAAAAACGAAACAAAGAUUUUUUUCGAAAAAAAAAAAAAAAAAGCUUUGUUUCGUAUUUUUUUUUCAAAUUUCAGAGGCAGGUUAAUAUUUUUAGUUAAAUUUAACACAAAAUUGUUUUUUUAUGCAGAAAUCUGUUUUGUCUAUUUCUCUUUAUUUUACAUCAUCUUUAAUCAAAUGAUAUCUGUAUUUUUCAAAAACUUUUUUCUGUGUAGAAAAACAUUUUGUUUUUUGUUAAAUUUUAUUACAAAUAGGCCCAUUAUCGAAAAAAAAAAUAUUGCAUCGCAUGUGUGAUUUUCCAGAAUGAUGCAUCGAUAUUUUGUUUUCAUCUAUCCCAAAUCCUUAGUUUUUUUUAGUUUUUGAAAUUGAACAUGAUUAAUUGGUCUUCUAGUUUUUCUCAUCAUUCCAGACACUUCGACUUUUGUGUUUAUCACCAGCUCAAUUGUGUUUAUUGGACGGUUCGACAAAACUUGUUUUAAAAAGACAACACGCUUCAACUUUACAACAGUGGAGAGUUGGUGGAGGUGUUAGUAAACAUCAAUUGUUAUUGGAGUUUCGUGGAACUAAAUGGCAGCUUAUUGGUGAGUUUUGAGAGGGAUUUUCUGAAUGGGGGCAAUGCAAAUCUUUCAAAUUUUGUUCUUGAAAAGAUUAUAUGUGCGCUGGAAUUCGAACAAAUUCUCGACAAUUUUUUGAAUUUUAGAUCAGCAAAUAGCAUUUUUUUUCGAAAUAUAGAACUUUUUAGGUUUAACAGUUUUGGAUAUUUUAGAUAUUUAAAUGAGAAAUUUCAUCUGUCUCAAUGUCAGAGUAUAUUAGACCAUUUAAGAAAGUGAGAUUUUUAUUUCAAAAAAUCAAACAUUUUCAUAUUGGAUCUUCUAUGAAAAUCUACAGUAGGAAGAAAAUUUCUGGGAAAGCGGAAGUUUCCAACAAUUUAAUUAAUUUAUGAUAUUAAUAAUGAAAAAUUGAUGAGAAACGUUCAUUUUUGUUCAAUAUUUUUGACAGUUUUUUAUUUUUUUACGAAGUAAAGAAAUGGUUAUUCAAAAUAAUUUCGUAUUUCUACAACCUGAACCUUAUAUGAUUUAUCUGUUUUCAAAUUCUAUGCCAAAAAAGCGAAAAUCUGGAAUAUUCAAUUUUCUUCGGAAAAAAAUGGGAAGGAGAUCAAAUAAUUUUGGUGAGAGAAUCAAGUAUCAUUUUUCUGAAGCUGUCUUCUUUUUCUUCUGAAGAGCAAAGGGCAAAAAAAUGAAUAAAUGAACAAGAUUCAAAUUUCAAGAAGAUGAAGAAGCGCACUCAAAAAUUGUAUAUUAUGCCUUUUGUGUCACACAAAAAAUCCCUUCAUUUUUCUCUUCCUUUUUUUUCCAGCGCCAUCAUAUAAUGCACUGAAAUCGAUAUCAAUGACAUUAUGGGAGAUUAUGCAAAAUUCGGCUAGCAACUCAAUUCAACGUAGUCUCAACCAGUCAAUGCAUCGAUCAACCACCGAAGCGUCUGUUUGUAUGUUUUUUUUUCAUUUUGUUUUCUCUCGGAUUGGGUUUACUGUAUGGGUGGUCUUUUUAAUUGGCUAUCUUGCACGUAUGAGCCUAAUUAUUUUGAAAUUUAAUUGGGACUCGUGAAAUAUAAUGACGGUGGCUCGAGGAUAUAUGAGACAGAACAGUCUUUUUCUUCUCUUUGCAACACAACUUAGAUGUGUGCUUUUUUCAGAGUUUUUUUUUUCUUUACUGAGAGGAUUAGUUAUAUAAGUGACCAUAUUAAACAAAAAGCUGAAAGUUUUUAGAAGUAUUUUCCAAUUUCCAGAAGUCAAAAAUUAGUAACCUUGUUUUCAGUUAAAAAAUAUGUAUGGAACAUCAAAACAUUGUUUUGAACUUCUAAUUCUGUUUUUUUUCUUUUGUGAAUUCCAUUUUUCAAAACCCUCAACAUAUUUGGACAAAAACGCGGCACAUGUUAUGAUAAUUUCCCCUGGUUUUUCAAUCUAGGAAUUUUUCCGGGGUAAUAAUAUUUUUUGAUAGUCUUAUUUUUUUCUUGAGAUUUCCUCAUCUUUAUUCGAAAAACGCGAUGAUUCAUAAAAAAAUGAUUAUCAUAACAUGACUGUUUCAUAUGUCAUGCCCUAGAUAAAAAAGUUUCAAAAAUAAAAAAAUCUGCACCGUCAUUUGAAAAAGUACAGGUGAUUUUUCUUUUCAAAUCAAAUCAAAUGAAACACAUCGUCAUUUUUGGAAAAUGAGAGAACAUGUUUUCAUUUUCAUUUUUAAAUAUUUAUUUUUUUGCCUGAGAGAAAAAUUGUGCCUAAAAUCACAAUAUUCCCGUUUUUGCCUGACUCAUUUUCGUGUUUCUCUCUGUUCUUUUUCUCGAUUUUUUCUUGUGGAAUUUGUUGUUUUUUUUUUAAGGUUAUGCGAUAAUUAUGAACUGGGAAAACCUGAGAAAUGCGAUUUACAGUAGGCGACACACAAAACGAUCCAUACCCGCCUACAUUUUUCGUGAGUGUGAUUAAAAAAUACUGAUUUUUUGUUGAUAAAAAUUGGGAGUGUCUUUUGCAUUAUCAGACAUUUUUGAAAUAGUUCCGCAAAAAAUAAACAUAGUUUUAUUUUGAUCAAGAAUAUAUGUUUGGUGAGUUUUAUUGUGAAAUAAAAUCAAAAAAAAAAUCGGAAUCAUUUCCGGAUAUAAAAAUAGACUUUUUUCUAAAAUUUCAAACUGUUCUGAUUUAUUGUUUUUGUUUUCUUGGUACAAGCCAGACAAAAAACUCGAAAAUUAAUAACCAAACUUGCAAAUUUGAUAAAAAUAACUCUAAAUUAUUUUUCGGAACAGAUCAGUUGAAAGCUUUCAUUGUUGAACUUUGAAUUCUUGAGAAUGAGGAAAAAAAUUCUUACCUGUUUUUCAAGGUUUCCCAAAAAAUAAACUUUUAUGUAAAUCAGUUUCACAUUUUUGGAAUGUUUAUUUUUCACUUGAUUUUGAAAUUUGACCUCCCAUUUAAAAAUUUAUGACUCAUCAUCUGUUUUUCAAAUCUGUUCAUAUUUUCUAAACUUCAGCUGAUCAAAGGAAGUAUAAAAACGAGCUGUUUCAUUUUAAUUAAAAGUUCUGCACAGAAUUAUUUUGACCACUUCUUAUUUCAUUUCUAAAUUUAGUCUGACAUUUUUCGAACCUCUUUUUGACUUUUCUGGGUGUUUUUUUUUCUGAAGCUAAGUUUAGUAAUUUUUAUAACUCAAACUUAAUUAAAAAUGUUUCCAAACUUUUUGAUUUUUCUCAUCUUCUGAAAUUUACUUAAUUUUCUAAAAUCAUACUUUCAAAUCAUUUAAUUUCCCCAAAUUCAUUUCGGAAAUGUUUGGAUUUUUAUAAUUGAAAGAGGGCUCUGAAUGUGAUAUUUUAUGAAUCAAGAUGAGAAAAAAAAUAUUUUUGAGGAAAAUAUUAACUAAAUUUUUUUCGUAGAUUCAGAUUCAAUAAAUUUCAAAAGUUCGAAUGUCUAGUGAAAUCUAUUCCAUAUCUUGUUUCGAGAUAUUUCCCAGAAAUGUUAUAACUAAAACUGAUUUGGCAACGAGAAAUCGAAUUUGGUCAACAUUUUUGUCAAAGAACCCAAGAAAGACAUAAUCUAACAAUAAGAAUUUGUUACUGUUUUUCUUCGGAAGAGUAUGUUUUCCCAAAAGACCAGAUUUCAAAAUAACAAAAUUCCGAGAUUUGAUUCUAAAACCAUCCCAAAAUGUCUGUCAAUAUUUCACCAAUAAAAAAUCGCAUAAUUCAUGUGAUGUUCGACAUUUUUUUGGUUGGUGUGUGCCUCUCUCAAUAUACAAACCAAUCAGUGCGAACCGAGAAAUAUGAGCGAAAUCCUCAAGGGGACUUCUCUUCUUCUUCUUCUUCCCCGCCAAUCUUUCCAUCGUGUGUUUUUUGUCUUGUCUCUUCUGCUUCUGCUAUUUUUUCUUUCUUUCUUUUUUAUUUUUUUUUUCAUUCCGCGCCCGCCCCAAAACCAACAACACAAUACAUACACAUUUUUUGCACCCCGUUUUUUGUCGGUAGCAAAAAGGAGGGUGAAGAAAACAAGUAUUAUUUUCUAGUAGAUACUCAAAAUUUUCUGGCUGUGAUAAAAAUGAUAAUGUGAUUUGGGGACAUGACGUCAGUUGUGUCGAGAUUACUUCACGCUCUUGGAAGAUCGAGCGAUCAUGAAGAGGUGGAAAUUCCACCUGAUCCUGAUAGUUUAUUGGUGUAUGUCUGUAAAUUGGGUGAGUUUUUUGAAAUAGGGUACUGUAGCAAAUUGAAAUAUUUUGAUUUAUUUGAAAUUUUUGAAUUUUUUGUGAUCGUAAAUAUUUACAUUUUUCUGUUUUGAAAACAUCUUUCAGUUUUUGUAUUUUUUUUGAAAAUUUUCAUGAAAAAAUUAGGGGUUACUGUAGUCUUUCAGUUCCUGACAACCUUUAACAAAUUAUUCACUAAAGAACCGUACUUUAUUCUAUCAUUUUUAAAAUUCAAAAUUCUGUAGAUUUCUAUACGAUUGUUGUUCUGCAAAUUUUCAGACACUGUUAUGAUUUCAUUUUUCAAAAAUACCCUCAUUAUUUUCUGAAUGUCAUUUCCGAUCCCUUGUGAAUUUCACAUUUCUGCUCAGAUGAAAAAUACCGUAUCCCGCCUCGUGAUUUCAUUUUGCACUUAUCCGAAAAAUGCCAGAAAAAAAAAACAAAUUUGCAGUCAAAAAAUGCUUUUGCUCUGAUCCAUUAGAAAAUCUAAUGAAGUCAUAAAAUCCAUUAUCUCCUCUUGCACAUUUUGAGCAGAUGUUAAUGGGUCUUUUUAAUCACCUUGUGUUUUUUCGAAUUCUUUGUUCGCACUAUAAAAAAAUUCAGAAAAAAAAGAAGAGAAGUGUUCCGAUAUCUCAAAAAAAAGAUAUGAACAUUUAUAUUUUAUUCUCCAGGGAAACAGAUUUUCAGAUCAAAAGUUUGUGAUAAAAAAGAAGAGAGUUUCAAUAUUUUUUGCAUCCAGUCUUAGUGUCUGUUUCAGUUUCAGUUUCCAGGAAAGAAAAAAAAACAUUUUGAACAUUUCGUUAGGCGGGGGCAAAAAUACAUAUAUACAUACAACAAACUAGUCCAAUUUCGCGCCAAUCCAAUUGUUUCGGCGUGCCUUUAACACUAGGAUAAUUUGGUUUAGGAAACAGCAGCCCUCGUUUCGCCUGACAGCAAAAAAGGCUGCUGCUUCUGUGGGGAGAAGAAAACCAAGAAAGAAAAAAAGAAACAACUCUAAUUGCACAAUAGAUUGCUGAUUGUUGCAAAAAAUGUCGAGUUUUAGAAUGAUUGUACAUGAAUAUAAAAUAGUGAAAGUUGUAAAAAAAUGAGGAAAUUGGCUCGAAAUUUUUCUGAUCUGACACACCUAGAUUUUUGGCAAACAUUAGGGAGAAGCUGGAAAACCAGAUUUUGCUAAUGCUUUUCGGGAAUUUCAAUUAAGAAAUGGACCCCAAGCUUCAUUUUUUUUCAAAUUAAUCUCAUAAUUCUCGUGAAUUUCAAAAUUCAAUCCUAAAUAAACAUUUGUGUCAGAAAAUCACAAGUUCAAAAUAAAACCAUCUUCAAAAAUAAUUCUAAAAUUUUCAGCAACUUCUCGGAGUGAUUCAACAUCAUCAACACAAUCAGCGACCGCUGGAUUUAUCAUAAAUGAGGAGCCAAUCACACUAUUCCGUUUGGAAUUGGAACGUCUUCAAUACAUUCUUCAUUUUCCUGAAGAAGUUGCAUUUCAACUUUCUGCCACAGAAUAUCAACUAUUUUAUUCAAUUCAACCUAUGGAUUAUGUUCGAUAUGUGAGCUGUGAUUUAACUUCGGUUCCAGUUUCUGAAAACCCGAGUCCUGUUCGAAAUUUGGUCAAGCGUUUGAGUGAGGUUUCAUCGUGGAUUACUCAUGUUAUUGUGAGCCAACCAACGCACGAUGAUCGAAAAGUUGCUCUAACUGCAAUUUUGAGAAUUGUGGAAACGUGUUGGAAUAUUGGUAUGUUUUUUGUAGUUUUAGUUUUUAGUUUUCGCGCCCAGGUGAAUUUGAGCACAAAAAAAAUCCGUGAAUUAUAAAUUAGUUUAAAAGAUCUUGUUCAACAAGUUGCCUAAACCUCGAGAAAAACGUUUUCAAAAUAAUUAAAAAGAACGAAAUUUUUUGGAAUUUUAAAAAGACAUAUUUUGAAAAAAAUUUUCAAAUCACCAGCUUUUCAAACAAUUAUUUUAGAAUAAUGCUCAUUCUGGAAGUUCACGUGUCAUCCUGGUGUAUUUUACAAAUUCUUAAUCAGAACAAAUUCAAUUCAAAAUAUUUUCAGGAAAUUUCAAUGCGGCUGUCGAAGUUUUAAUGGGUCUGAAAUCGGAAAAACUUCGACCAUUCUGGCUUUCUCUCCGUCAAGAAGAAAAACAACAAUUCGACACAUUAUGCGAAACUCUUCUACCAGCCAAUCAAGCUCUUCCAUCUCAAUCCUACAUCAAUGCAGUUCAAAGAGCUCUUCGAAUGCAACAAUCUCGAGUUAUCCCAUUUUUCGGAAUUUUCCUUCGUGAUUUAUAUGCAAUUGUCAAUGAUCUACCAAAUAUUGUUGUAAUUGGUCACGAAGGUGAAACUCAAAAAUUGGAAUUUAUGAACGAUCCAAAUGGCGAAGAUCAUUUUUCAUCUCGUCUUGGUGUUGGCGGACUUCUUAAUGCUGAUAAAAUCAAUCUUGUCGCAAUUGUUCUCGAUAACUUGGAACUAUUUCAUAGACACAGUCGAACUAUGAUCAAACAACUUGAAGAGCAAGCAAUUCCCUUGUCACAGUUACCACAUAAUGAAAAAGAGAAUCGAGAGAAAGAAGCAAAGCGUAAGUUCUCUCUGAUUUUUUAUUUCUCAAACUAGAUUUUCGAUUCUGUCUGACAUUAUUAUAUUAUCUUUUCAGCAUAUGAACCAGUUCAAAUGGUGCACGGAUCUUCACACGGUGUUUCAUUAAUUCCUCUGGAUACCAUCACUUUUGAUUUGGAUAUUAUUCAAAGAUUACAACAUGGAACAACUGUGAUAUAUUAUGAGCCAGAUUCUGGUAGAAGUACAUUAUGUUUACUUCGACUAGACUCAAGUUGUGGACAAAUCAAUUGGCACAAAAUAUCAUAUUCUGCAAAUAAAGAUCCAAAAGAGAAAGAUGUUUUGGCCAAGGUUUCUGUGGCGAAUUUGCAACUCAGUGAUUCAUCGCGUGGUGCAGCUUCACCAAUGCCAUCUGCAAGACAACCAGCAUCUGGUGGAUUGAAUGGCGAAGAGGGAGAAUUGAAAUUGAGCACUGUCAAGGGUGUGGAAAAUGUGGACAGUUAUGAUAUUGAUAUUGAGGUAAUUGUUUUUAUUAGAAUGGAUUAAUGUAGACAUAUUAGCAAGAAAAUAAUUAUUCGGUUUUCCCAAAGGAUUUUGGUUCAGGUUUUCUGUUGCGUAGACACAUUAGAAUAAUCGAAGAACAUAACAAUAAUAGUGCAUUUUUUCAAUUUAAAUUUGAGAACUGUAAGAAUAGUUUUUCACAUGAAAAACCCCCACAUACUCAAUCUUUUUGAUUUACGAUGAGUCCAUAUUUUUAAAUGUUUGAAUUCCAGACAAUUUAUCGUCGUCAUUCAGUGGAAGAGAUGUCAGUACCAGUUUGUUGCUGGAAAGUGAGCUAUGGUCAGCUUUUAUCAGACAACGAGUUCAUCUAUUUUCUUGCUCCACAACAAAUUGCACAAUUUUGGAGCAGUGGUUUGCAAUCAGUUAGUUUUAUCAGUCUUGAAAAUCUUGCUCUUUCAAUUUUUAUUUUUCAAGGAGGUGUUUCUUAUCUGAUUAUUCAUUCAUUUCAAAAAGAAACAUAAGGUUCAAUUCUAUUUUUAUAUUUCGUAGAUGAACUCAAAUAGGAAAUGCAAAAAAAAAUCAGACAAAGAAAAUAGGAAUUAUCUGAAAUUAAUUUCAGGUUGUAAAAAUGUUGCAACGUCAACAAAGAUAUCCGGAUCGUCGAAUGUUGUGGAUCAAAAACGUGUACUUGUCUUUGUACGAAUUUUCGGGCGAUUCAAAUUGUGGACCUCGACCAUUUGAAGCACUUCAAGCAUUUGGUGGGCGCGUUGAACGUUGGAAAGGCUUUGGUUUGUUUUUGUCAUGUUUGUUGCAAAAUAUUUUAUCACACCUUUUGCCAUUUUAAUUUCAAUUCAGAAUUUUUUUUAAAGUUUUCAGAAUUUUUCGAUACGGUUAAGAUUGCGCCUUUUUUGAAUAUAUAUUUUUUUCUAGUUUUGUGAGUGAGCUUUUUUUUGAAUAUCGAUUAGUGAUUUUUUUACGCGAGUGUAUCAAUGCUUAUCUUUAUGAUUUGAAUAAGUGUUAUAUUUGAAAAUGGACAGAAAUAACAUGUCAGCAACUUUGACUCUUUUAGGAUUGAGUCAAACGAAUAGCAGUGCAACAAGACCAAAUGAUUCGUCGUUGUCAAGUGAGCCGGGAGGUGCCAAAAGCAGGUGAGAUGGGAUAAGAUUUGGGACACGUGCUAUGAGAAAACUGAAAAAUGUGCCAAUUAAAAGGUUUUAGGAAAUGAACAAUUUACAAUCCAAAUCUAGACAUUUUUAAUGAUAUUUAUAAACUCAGAAAUCAACAUUUCUAUAAUGUUAACUUGAUUUUUCCAGAAUCAAAAACUGGAAAAACGCCAUGCAGAAAAAGCUGCGAGGAGCAUCUCGUGAAGGAAGUCGCUCUCAAUCACCACAACCACAUUCUCCUCUCGUACGACCACCCUCAAUCAAAUCUCAAAUCUCAUCACAAUCUGGUCCACCAGGCCCCAAUUCUCCCGGUUAUCUUCUGAAACCUCGUGGAGAACCAGCAAAUUCUGAUACCGGAGAUCUGGAUAGUAUUUAUACACCAAGAUCUCGAACACCAACUAGCAGUUCAUAUGGUGGAAGAUCAGUUGGCGGAAGAUCUUGGAGAUCGAGAGGUGGUGAAACACCCAAUUCGGGAUCGAUAAGUAGUUCGGGACAAAUGUCAAUUCAAGUUUCUGGUUUGAGUGGUCCAUCGGGAAAAGAGUUCCAGGAAAAACCGUUGACUUUGGUUGAAUUUGCAGAAUUGUUCAGAUUGUUCAAUACUCGAAUGAGAAAAGAUUUGCGGUGAGUAGAAAAACCUUGGAAUUUUUUGGAAGAGUUUUUUUUUUCAAUCUGAAACUUUCGAAAAAAUCCUGUUUUCAUCUAUUCUGGAAAUAGAUUAUAUAAGUUCUGAUUUUAUUUCAUAUGUAUAUGUCUCAAGAUUAAAUAACAUUUCUCUCAUUCAGUCUCUAAUUAAUUUUCAGAAAAUUGUUGAAGCCUAAAAUAGAAUUAUUUCUGAAAAAAAUGUUUAACAAAUUCUAGGUAUGUUCUUUCAGAGAAUGACGUAGGCAUGAUUUUGUAUUGCAAUAAUUUUUGACAUACGAAAAAAUAUAUGAAAUUCAAUCUAAUGGUUUUUUUUCGAAAAUUAACAAAGACAACAAUUGUUUUCUAAAAACAAUUUCAGAAUGAAGCUUUGUUUGCUCUUUUGUCAAAAAAUGACGUCAUCAAGAUUUUUUCCAAUCUCAAUAUGAAAUAAUUGUUGUGUUUCAAUAUUAUGUUUUUUUUCUCACUGAAAUACCCAAAUUCGUUUAGUCAAUUUGCAAAAUAAACAUUUUUUCGAAAUUCAAAGAAUCCAGUUUUUCUCACGCUUUCCUAAUUGAACUAGUUGUUCUUUAGGCGCGGAGUUCUGGGAUAGACUAAAAAUAGAUUUUAAAGUUUCAAAUUUUCAUUUUUUAGUCUGUCUGCAAGUUUCAGAUUCCAAAUUUGGAGUUCAAACUAAACUGAAGAAUGUGAGAUUUUUUGUCAAAAUGUUCUCACCAAUUAUUCUAAAAAACGAAUUCUAUGAAUUCUAUUCUUUUUUUUUCGAAAAAUCAGAGAACAUGAAUUUCAGGAGAUUUUCUAAAAAUAUAUGAAUUUUUCCAGCGAUGUUUUCAAUGAUGUUCUGUCAACUGCCACAACACCAUCACAUUGUCCAAAACGGGAACGUGAUCGACACAGUCCGAGAAUGCAAUCAAGACUUGCCAGUGUUUCAAAUUCCUAUAAUGCAGAUUUCUUGCCAAAUGGUAAUCCUUCUUUUUUUUUUAGAAAAAAAAUUAAUUCCAAUUUUUUGCAGAUUUCCUAACUCGAAAUUCCACAAUCACUUCACAUCAUAUCAGCGAAAAACAAAACAAAAUUUAUAAUGCGUUGGCUUUAGCAAGUGUUAACAGGUAAUUUAAAAUCUCUUCAGAAUUUUAUACAUAUUUAUAUGUUUAUUUCUUUUUGAUGUAUAUAGAUGAUUAGAGAGAGAGCGCGUGAGAAUUUGUGCAAGCUAUUUUCCCAAGAUCUAUAUUUUAUUUUCAUUCUUUUUUAUAGUGAUGAAAAAAGGUAUCGCCCCGAUUAUUAUAAGAGACAUUGUGAAUUAUUCAUGAGAUGAUUCGGGUUCGGCAAGAAUAGAAAAAAAACGAAGAUAAAAACAAGAUUUGUCACAUUUUUGCCCAAAAAUGGGGGACCUCAAAACUCAUUUUCGUAAUGGAAGUGCAAAGUGAAAAAAUGCAUCUUCAAACAUUAUAAAAAAAGGGACCAAGGAAUAAAAAUCAAGUUUUUGGGGUUUUAAGAGUUGAGAUAACAUCCAAAAACGCGGACCUGUUGUAGGCAAGAAAUAGCUGGAUUUUUGAGUAAUAAUUUCUGGAUAUUUGAAAAAUCUCCCUUAUAUGGUCAACAGUUUUCCUUUUAAAAAAGUAUUCAAAAACCCAAAAAAAUUCAAAUAUUUAGCUUUUUACGGUAAUUGUGUUUUGAUCCAACAUUCUUGAAAUUUCAAAAUUUUUUCUAUUUAAAAACUGAAUUUGUUCAAUGGAAAAUUGAAAACUAUGCAUAUGACAUUUCUAGAGAAUUCUUUGAACUUGAAGUUAUUUUUUAAAUAUGCAACGUACUCAAAAAAUAGGUUUUCUCAAAAUUAUAACUCUGAACCGUCAAAAAUUUCCUUUUUUUUCAAAGAAUGUUGUUAAAACAUUCCCAGAACCCAUGAAAAUGUAUCUUUGUUUAGAAAAAUAUAAAGCUCCCUUGAGGCUCUUAUAUCAACAAAUCAGAUAUUUUCACUUUUACAUACGUACAUACAGACCCAAAUAAUUUCCUAGUAAUCUAAAAAAAAUAGAAAAAGAAAUCGAGAAAGAACAAUGAAAUUCAAAACCUAUGUAAUUGAAAAUAAUGGCUUUUCACCACAAAAUAUGCAUGUUGUGUACAAAAAUAAUUCCAGGGUUUCUUGGUUUUUUUUCUAAAUUAUGGGGUUCAAGUACAGUAUACCUUUUUGCAGUAUGGGUGGUCUUAUGGACACAUCAAGAAGCUCGAUGUUGACACCGCAAAUGCUACGCGCAUUCGUCAAUACGCAUCAAAUGGAGAUGAUUGAUGAGGCGUUUGCAAUAAAACUCAUUCAGGUAUGA